UGAAAUGAAAAUAAAUAAAAAAUGAAAAGCAAUCCAAGAGAAAAGGUUUUUCUCAGUAUUGAGCUGUUUAAUUAUAGUUAAAUGUAAAGUUAGCAUUACCAUUUUUUUACAUUUAUCAUACAUAUUACACGAAAUAGCACGUAUGCAUACGCCGACGCAGCCGUCAACUAUAUAAGUGGUCGCGACAGAUCUGCUCUACGGUGAGGUGCUCUUUCAUUUUCACUAUAGAAAGAAAGUUCAUUUACGGUAACUAAAGUGUUUAAAGACAGUAAAAGAAUAGGAUUUCUGUGCGCGAUACUUGCAAAAGAACGAAACUGUACAAAUGGUGCGUCUGCAGCAGAACACAUAUGUUACAUUGUUCAAAUCUUGCAGAAAGGUCUCCUAAGAGAAGUGCCUUCGUUAAGAGGUUCUUCUUCUAGUAGUUAGGCAUUGAGAAUUUUCAAAAUGACAGAUAAUCGAGGGAAUUUCUCAAUUCCAACGAAUCAAAGUUCCAGCAGAACAUUUAAUUCUUUACGUUUGGAUUUUGGAUCCAUCAGUGAUGUUCAAAAUGAACUGUCAGACAAGCGAAGGCAAUUGAAGUCCAGUUUGCAAACGCAAGGAAGCGAUAUGUCGUUUAGUAAUUCAACAAACUCUUCCAUCUCCAACUCGACCGGAGCAACAGCUUGUCCACCAAUUUUGCCUUUACCUUUGCCGAAAUUACCAUUGAGACCACGUUCUAUAAUUCCGCAAGAUCUCCCUGACAAAACAAGGGAUAAACUACGAAUGUGCCAGUCUAUGCAAAGUACUGGAAAAUUACAGUUAUCGCCGAAUGUGGUAUACGAUUUCACUAGCGAAGAUCUUCAGGAUGUAGGAGAAAUAGGACGAGGGGGCUUUGGCACUGUAAAUAAGAUGAUUCAUAGGAUAAGUGAUACUGUUAUGGCUGUGAAGAGAAUUCGUUCUACGGUGGAUCAACGGGAACAAAACCAACUACUAAUGGAUUUAGAAGUUGUAAUGAAGUCUAAUGAGUGUCCAUGUAUCGUGCAGUUUUAUGGAGCUUUAUUCAAAGAAGGUGAUUGUUGGAUAUGUAUGGAACUUAUGGACACCUCAUUGGAUAUAUUUUAUAAGUUUAUUCAUGAGGUAUUAAAGGAAAGAAUACCAGAACGUAUUUUAGGAAAAAUUACUGUCGCUACGGUAAAAGCAUUGAAUUACCUCAAGGAAAAGUUAAGAAUAAUUCAUAGGGAUGUAAAACCUAGUAAUAUUCUAUUAGAUCGGCACGGUAAUAUAAAACUUUGCGAUUUUGGUAUAUCUGGACAAUUGGUAGAUUCUAUUGCCCGCACACGAGACGCUGGAUGCAGACCGUAUAUGGCCCCAGAAAGGAUAGACCCUCAGCGUGCAAGAGGUUAUGAUGUUAGAAGCGAUGUCUGGUCAUUAGGGAUUACGUUAAUGGAAAUUGCGACUGGUUAUUUUCCAUAUCCAAAGUGGAAUUCAGUAUUUGAGCAGCUUUAUCAAGUGGUUCAAGGUGAUCCACCACGGUUAUCCCCAAACGAAAAUGGAAACCAUUUUACUAUGGAUUUUGUAAACUUUGUCAAUACAUGUUUAAUUAAAGAAGAGACGCAACGGCCAAAGUACAAUAAAUUGUUAGAGCAUCCUUUUAUCAGAAAGGCAGAAGAAGAUACGGUCGACGUUGCGGCGUAUAUAAGUGGCGUUCUCGAUAACAUGGUUCUCAGGGGAUUGACGCCUUUUACUACCAAUCGGCAUUAAAUUGAAAAUAUAAAAAGAUCCACGUUUGUACCUUAAUUUCUAUUAUUUUUCAAAUUUUCAAACUGAUUAUUGUAAAUGAGCAAGUCAUUUGCACUUCAAUUCUAGCGUAGGUAGUAAAAUUUAUCAACAUCGAUCAUUGUUGAUAAUAAAUAAUUUUCUGUAGAAUCAUGUAUUAUCGUGUCACAGAGUUCUUAUAUACAUAGCAAUUAGAAGUGUUCUAAUGACAAAUUGUCAUUUGCAGAAUAAUGCAUAGGGUGAACAUUCGAAACCGGCUUUUUCAUUCAAAUUAUAUUAUGACAACACUUUGUAAAACUGAAUCCAUAUUAUUCGCUUCGUGUAUAAGAAUCCUGAGGAUGAGAAUGGCGUAAUCCUAAAAAUGUGGUAUUCAGUGUAUGGAAUAAGAAUAUGACGAUAACACAGUUUCUCAACUUUUUUCACUUGUAACCCUUCACGUUCUCAUGCUCUCGUCUUAUCUUUUUUCACAUCCGUUAGACUAUAAAUUUUACAACUCCUUCCAGUAGAUCCCACCAAAUUAACGCUUGAAUUAUUAUAUGCAAUACGUUAUAAUAUCGUUUCUAUAGUUUUCGCAACUCUAUGACGUUAUGACUAACGUGCGUACGUGUGUAUUGUUUGGGUCAACAAAGAACGCAAAGAAACACGAUUGUUCUUUUUGUAGUAUAGAAGAAGAAAAAUGUAAAUGAAAAUUAUCAAGAAAUUAAGGAGAAGGAAAAGUAAUUCGUGUCGAUUAGGAUACAAAUCAUCGUAUUCCUUAACUUUUUCUUCUCCUUUUCUGUCAAAUACAUUUUCAAUUCUUGUACAAUUCACUCAACUUUGAUCGCAUUAAUUGAAUAAAAUCAUAUUUGACUGAAAGCUUACUCCGUUAAAUUUAAUAUGUAUAUUAUCUAUUGUAUAUACAUUAAUCGCAUUUAUAGGUAUGUGUAUAUACACAUUAUUCACCAUACCAUCAAAUUACCAAAUUUUUAACAGAUGCCCAAACGAUAGAGUUUCUCAAAACAUUCGUACGCGAACCUUACACAUCGACAGUUUGGA